AUGAGCCAGUCUUCCACUACUGAACCCCCGCCCAUCGACAGCCACCGCGUUGUGUUCGAUGACAGGGAUGAGGACCUAGAUGCACCAGAGGGUACUGGACCUGCACUCACUGAAGUGAGUUGCUCCUACUGUGGUGAGGACGAUUCGCACUCUCUGGCCAUGUGUGCCGCCUGCAGAAGGUGGUUUUGUAACGGUGGGCACGGUACCAGCGGCUCACACAUCGUCUUGCACCUCGUGAAGAACAAGCAUUGCGCAGUACAGCUGCACGCGGAAAAUCCCCUCGGGGACUCCGCGUUGGAAUGCUACAUUUGUCGCUCGACAAACGUGUUUUCUCUUGGGUUCAUGCCCUCCAAGGAGGAGUCCGUUGUCGUCCUGGUUUGUCGCGAGCCAUGCCUUCACUCCAAGGCACUGCGCGACCUCAACUGGGAUGCCUCCACGUGGCUGUCAGUGAUCGAGGAGCGCCGCCUGCUUCCAUGGAUCUGUAAGGUGCCAGCUGUCCCCCGCAAAAAAAUCACCUUGCACGAAAUCACAACACUAGAGUUGGGCUGGAAUAGCGAGGAUAAGCAAAUAGUGGAGGUUCUGGGGAAUGCCCCAGCCGUGCCGCUCUACUUUGCGGACGCCGUGGAGUACAGAACGGUGUUCACGACGCUGGUCGAAAUGGACUCAGUCGCUGCGAGGGAGCGAAAGGAAUUGCUUUUUGAAAAUGUUGCUUGCAGGUUGCAGAAGGAAUUUGGUGGGAGGCACUUUUUUUUGCUGAAGCAGUUGCCGCCUUCCGAGGCGGGUCUACGGUGUGGCGAUCAAGCCUCAGUGUGGGCCAAGGAGGUUUGGCGGUCGGUGAAGGGCGUCAUCGUCGAAAUCCGGAAGUCAGAGCUUGGCGAUGAGGAGGUUGUGUUUGAGGUGUGGCGCAGUGGAACGGCGCAGGAGCGAAAAGCGUUGAACGAGAUUAUUGCCGCAUCCACAGUGAACUUCCGCCUCGAGUACGACACCACAAGCUGUGGGAGGAUGCUUAAUGCGUUGAAUCUGCUGGCGCAGAAGAAGACGGCACUUUCCGCGUACCUUUACUUCACGAUACUUGGGCAUACAGAGGAGGCAGCGAGUCGUUUUGCUGAGGCGGACAUUGAUCUUCCGCCGCAGCGAAUAUCAGGCCUGAACGCCUCCCAGGACAGCGCUGUGCGGACGGCGUUGCGAAACCCGCUGACGCUCAUCCAAGGCCCGCCCGGCACUGGCAAGACGGCGACCAGCGUUGCCAUUGUUCUAGAGUUGGAUCGCCGCAUUCAGUCCCAGAUCCUUGCUUGUGCCCCAAGCAAUGUUGCCGUUGACCACCUUGCCGAGAGGAUUUCGGCAGCCGGUUUGAAAACGGUGCGCCUGCAUGCUCGCUACCGUGAGGUGUCAGACUCCGUGAGGCACCUGGGGUUGGAGAGUCAGGUGGAGGAGUUCAUUAUGGCUAGCAACGGCAACAGGCGACUGAAACAGAUGCUUGAGCUGAAGAUGGCGGGUGAGAUGUUGGACGAUGACGAGCAAAAGAUAUACGAGGAUUCAGUGAGGGAGAUUGAGAGAGCACUCCUUGGCAGCGCUGAUGUGAUCUGCUGCACGUGCGUUGGGGCCGCGGAUAGGCGGCUGGGUGAAAUGCGCUUCCAGUACGUUUUGAUCGACGAGGCAACGCAAGCGAUGGAGCCGGAAGCACUUGUGCCUCUUGUGCGUGGCGCGAAGCAGGUGUUUUUGGUGGGUGACCAUUGCCAAUUGCGUCCCAUUGUUUUUUCACGCCCCGCGGAAAAAGCCGGACUGCGUCGGAGUUUGUUUGAGCGACUACUGCUGACAGGUCACCGGGCGGUGCGACUUGAAGUGCAGUACCGUAUGCACCCGUCGCUCUCCCUGUUUCCAUCCGAUCAGUUCUAUGAGGGCACCCUGCAAAACGGUGUGACGGCGGAGCAGCGCGACGCAUCAUGGGUGUUCCCGUGGCCGGAUCCCAAGCGACCGAUCUUCUUCUACAACACGACGGGGUCCGAGGAGCUGGGUGCUAACGGCAGCUCGUACCUGAACCGAGCCGAGGCGGCGCUGACUGAACGCAUCAUAACGAAACUCAUACACGAUGGCAAGGUGGGGCCGGAGAACAUCGGCGUCAUCACUCCGUACCGAAGCCAGUGCCGGUUCGUGAAGAACUAUCUCGCGCGCUGCGGUCCUCUACCGGUGACAGUCUAUGAUCGCGUCGAGGUUUCAUCAGUAGAUGCGUUCCAGGGGAGGGAAAAGGAGUUUAUCAUCCUUUCAUGUGUCCGCAGCAACCGCCGCCAAGGGAUAGGGUUUGUGGUUGACUGGAGGAGGCUCAACGUCUCCAUAACUCGUGCGAAGCGUGGUCUGAUCAUUAUGGGGAACGUGCAGCUUCUUUCACGGUACCCGGAGUGGCAUGCUCUCCUCGCCCACCUUAUGGAACUCUCACUCGUUGUGGACGGCCCCAUCGAAGAUCUUGUUCCGUCAAGGGUGGUAUUGCAGCAGCCACGGGGUACGAGUGAGGAGCAAUAG